CAUAUUCAUAAAAUUUAUGUUCUAUAAUUCCUAGAAUGUCAUUCUUUCUACAAUGAAAAAGUUUUAGAUUUUCCCUAGCUAACAGCUGUUUGGAUACUUUUAUGAAAUAUGAUUGUUUAUCCUGAUGUAUAUGAAAUUGUUUAUGUUUUUUGAUUAAGUUCUUGGCAAAUCGAAUUGAGUCAGUAGUUUAUAAGUUUUUGAUUAAUAAGAUUUAAAGUAUUUUUGGAUAGUACUAGUGAUGUGAACAGGUGCUUUGCAGUAUUGUGCUAGCUGUCAUCCUCAUAUGUUAUAUUAUAUAAAAACAAAUAAAUUCAUUAUUAUUUUUUUUACGUUGUGACAUUUCGUAUAAUAAUAUGAAAGAUGUGGCACUUCCAAGCUUUGAUGCAGAAUCCACUCCAUUGGUGCCACAUAAUGAUGCUAACCCCAAUGCCAUGGGAAAUGUGGUUGGAUCACAGCUACAAUCUGUGCAGGAGCCAACACAUACCCAGCGGACCUCCAAUUUUGCCACGCUGAUGCAUCUACUAAAAGGCAACAUAGGAACUGGAAUCCUAGCUAUGCCAAACGCUGUUUCAAAUGCUGGUCUCAUGGUUGGUAGCAUUGGCAUUCCUAUUUUAGGAACCAUUUGUGUACACUGUAUGCAUCUUCUUGUCAUCAGUAGCAAAACUUUAGCUAGAAAGUUAAAUGUGACGUCUCUAGAUUAUUCUACAACUGCUGAGCAGGCAUUCCGUUUGGGACCACCAAAAGUACAGUUUCUUGCACCUUUUGCAAGACUUGCUGUGAACUUAAUGUUGAUGCUCACUCAAUUCGGAUUCUGCUGUGUAUAUUUUCUUUUUGUAUCUAGUAGUUUGUAUGAGGUCUCUGAAAACCUCUUUGGUUCCUCUCCGUUUUCUAUCCAUGGCUACAUGGCCAUAGUGCUUCCACUUAUGGUACUUUUCAAUUUCAUCAGGAGCCUGAAAAAUUUGUCACCGGCAUCUGGUGUGGCCAAUAUUCUUCAAAUCGCUGGUCUUGUUAUGGUGUUUUAUUUCCUUUUGCAAGGAAGUCAUAGUGGCAAUUUGUAUCCUUAUACAGCACCCUUAAAAAAAUUACCUCUAUAUUUUGGAACUGCUAUGUAUGCUUUUGAAGGCAUAGGAGUGGUUCUUCCCCUUGAAAAUGCUAUGGCCACACCAGAUGACUUUGGUGGUUUAAAUGGCGUGCUUAAUACUGGCAUGGUGAUUGUAGCUUGCUUGUAUACCGGUGUUGGCUUUUAUGGUUAUUUAAAGUAUGGUAAUAAUGUCAAGCCAAGCAUAACUUUCAGUCUUCCAAAAGUUCCGGUGAGUGAAGUGAUUCGACUCAUGUUUGCGCUUGCCAUUUUCCUGUCGUAUGCUCUGCAAUUAUAUGUGCCUUUGUCAAUUAUUUGGCCAUUCUUGAAAAGAAAAUUCCAAAUUGAAGAGAGAUUUUCUCCCAGGGAACAAAAUAUUUUUGAAUAUGCUCUUCGUACUCUACUAGUUUUCAUUACCUUUCUAAUGGCUAUCGCUAUCCCUAAUUUGGAUUUGCUAAUCUCAUUGGUGGGUGCUUUGGCCAGUAGUUCAUUAGCUCUCAUUUUUCCACCAAUCAUUGAACUGGUAACUGUCUGGAAUAAUAAUAUGAGCAGGAAACAGCUGACUUUGAUUAUCAUAAAAGAUGCUGCCAUCAUAACAUUUGGAAUAUUUGGAUGUGUUAUCGGUACAUACACAGCAAUUAGAGAAAUCGUGGACAAAAUUUUGGGGAACUCGUGAUAUCUCUUCAAUGUUGAAAGACUGCUGUCAUCCCUACAUGUGACCGAGUUACACCAAUUGGGUAUUGAUGGUGGUUUAACGAAUGCUUAUAGUUUUUAGUCUAUUGUGACAAAGUAUUGCUAAUUCUGCAUUACUUUUCAUUUUAAACCGUGUAGAGUACAUUUAUGGAUUUGCUAAAUGUGUUAGACAGCAGUAAAAAUCAAUCGUUCAUAGUAGCUGUUCAAAAGAAAAUGUUAUUUUUUAUUUUCUAUCUGAUUUAUGUGAUACUGUUUGAAAAAUUAUUCUCAACAUUUUAGACUAUUGGUAUUUGUUAGUAGAAUAUAAUUACAGAGGCACCAAGCCUUAUUUACAUUCCUAAUAAAUAGCUAUGCAAUAUACUUCUUUAAAAUUAAGGCAUAUUAUAUAUUUUAUAAUUAAUUUAGUAUUUGUGUUUUUAUAUUUAGGAAAAGAAAUAUGAAUGGGAAGAACUGUUUCAAAAAUUUAAUUAGUAUUCAAAAAUUAUUUAAUUUAAAGUGGCCUGUCUUUCUGCAAAAGACAUUGUUUUAUGAUUUUAUUUAGUUAUCAGCCCCAUCUAUUGAUAAGCUUAGUAACUAUUUUUGGAAAUUGAUUAGAACAAAUCUAGUUACCUAAGCUGAAGGCUGCAAAUCUUUCGUUCUUUUAUUUUUCAAAUUGUUGUUUUGAAAUGCUUUGUAAAUUUUAAUGUUAAAAAAAUCAUAAUUUUUUUAAAAAUUUAGUUAGAGGGAUAUUUCUAUUUUAUGAAUGAACUUUUAAUAUAAAAAAAAGAAGAGAAACACUUGACCUAUGCUCUUAAAAAUUGUUAUUUAUUUUAUGCGUUUUAAUUUUUUCAUGUGACAGAAUUGUUUAAAGUAUUUUCAAUUUUAUUAAUUUUCAAAUUUGUUCAGCAUGACUUUUAACUACUUAGUUUUAACUAGUUAGGUUUAACUAAAUUAGGCUUAGUUGCUGGAGAACUUAAGUAUUUCUGUAUUCAUUUUAAUGUUGAUUUUAUAGUUUUUGAAAAUAUAUUUUAUAAUUAUUAUUUUUUAAAUAAAUAGUAAUCUAUAAAGUAUAUUUUUAUUUUCUAAUUUCAUUUGGGCAAAAAAUGAAUACAAAUGAAUAAGAGAAAGGAAUGAAAAUUUUUAAACAUAUACUAGCAUUAAAUUGUGUUAUGUGAUUUUUAAAUUUUCUUUAUCCAUCUUUAAAAUUUCAAGAAAGCUAUUUGGGUGCAAUACUUUUUUAAAUAUACCCUUACAUACUUGUAAAAAUUUUUUUUAAAGACUGCUGGCUAUGAAUAAAUUAUGAAACGUUGAUAGCCAAUUUUUUUUAUCACAAAUUAAAAAUUAUUAAUGUGAGUUAUUUUUAUGUAUAAAAAUACCAAUUUUAAUUUUAAGACCCAGUAUAUAAAACUUAAUAAAUCUUAACCAGUUGGCGCAUCUCAGCUAAUUAUCAUCAAUUUAAAGGGUAUUUAAUAAAUAUAAUGAUUGUAUGCUAGUUUACUUUCUUAAUGAUGUUUAUAAAAAGUCUGUAUCAACAGUUUUGCGUUUACCUGUGAUAAUACAAUAUUAAAGAAUGUGUAUACCACAUUAUAACUAUUCUUCUAUAUACUCUGUAAAGUUUCAAAGCUUAAUUUUAUUCAUAAUAUUUCUCUUAUUAAAAGUGUCAAAUUUUAGGUAGUAAAUUUUUGAAAAUAAUUUUGUUCUAGAAAAUAAGAAAAUAAUUUGGAUUGAGGUUUAAUAAGGUAAACUUUUUUCUCUAAAAAAUUGAAUUAGUGAAAUUUUAUUUUUGAUAAUAUUUUAGAUUAGUAAAUUGAAAUAAAAUAAGAUAAUUUCUUUUAUACUUAAAUGUCUUAGAAAAUCAAAUUGUUAGUGGAAAAAGAAUUGUGCAACAACUUUAUUGCUAUAAUAUUGUACUAAAUAUGUUAGUUAAAUUAAACACCAAACUUAUCUCAAGUUUUAAGGUAUCUCCAAAAAUCUAAAUUUUAUGUGACGUGUCAUAGGACUUUUAGAAAUUUAGUGGUUUUAGUCUUUAAUUCAAAAGAAGCUUAUUGUUGCAUUGCUCUGACUGCAUUUAUUUAUUGUUUUAAAUGUCAGUUACAGUACAUUUUAUAGAAAGAAAGCAUGGAGUGCAGCUGUAUCAUUGGUUAAAAUAGGUUUUUUUUUUAACAAAAAAAAUCUCAUAUAUUACAAUGGGCUUAAAUUUCUUUUUUUUUUUUUACCAAAAUGCAAAAUGAAGAAAAAUAUUAUUUUGAAUAUAUAAUCUGACCAUAAAAAUAACUUUGCAGCAUGUUCUGAAGUAAAUUCUUCUAUGAGACAUGGUGCAAACAUUUGUUAUUGUAUCACUAUAACAAGUAUAAUAAAUCCAUAAAAAUUUGAUUAAAAAACUAAAUAUAUGAAUAUUUUUUAUUUAAAUGUAAAUUAAAUCAAACAAAUUUUAUUAAUUUUUGCUAUUGAAUUCAUUAACAGAGGGUGAAGCUACCUGAGAAAAACUAUAAAAAUUACCACAUACAGGAACAAUAAUAAGUCUGUAACUGUUUCAUGUGAAAUGGUGUGACAUGUAACAGAUUUAUGACAUGUCCCUUAGCUUUUUUCAGUCAAUAGGACAGCCAUCUGUUGACUAACUUAGUAACUAAUUUUGAAUUUGAUUAGAAUAAACAUUCCAAAGUAGCAAACCAUGCAUUUCUCUUCCCUUUUUUUAAAAAAUGAUUAUUAUUAACAAUAAUGUAACCUUAUGAAAAUUUUGACCAAUGGUAACUAGAUAAUCAGCCAUACUCUUUAUUUUGUAUAAUUGAAAAUUUUAAUUAUUCUACUGUUAUUGGUAUCAGAAUAGCUAAGCCAAACUGAAAACAGUAUAUACUCUCCCUUCACACAUGUCAAUUCAAUUUUAAGAAUUUUCAUAAGAUUUGUAAAAAUUAGAAAAUCAUUGUAAAAAUUAGCAAAUAAAAAUAAAGUGAAAUUAAAAUAGAAUUUAUGUUAAAUUAAGAACUGAAUUUCCUAUCAUAUUCAAUAAAUAAAAUUAAUCAAUAUUACUUGAUAAUCUCCGAAUCUAUAAAUGUCAUAUUUAUUCCAAAUGUAGCAUCUGUCUAAUAACUUUAGUUUGAUGUCAUUGCUUGCUGUGAUGUGUAAUCUUUCUCAAUCCGUGUGAUAAUGUGUAUCAUAUUUAUGUUAAAACAAAAAAUAUUGCAUUGAUAUAUUAUCUAUAUUAAUGCAGUAAAUAGUUUUACGAUGUUACAAAAAUUUUAAUGUGAUUAUAAUGUGAGAAAUAUAUAAAAACAAAAAUUGUAAAAACUUUCAUUAAUUACUGCUGAGCAGUUGCAUAAGUUUUUAAGAAAUAUAGUUUUUGUAUAUAUAUGUGUAUUUUUUGUGAAAAUAAUAUUUGGUGCUGUUUUUUUAUUGCAUAAUUGAUGGCAGCUAAAAAUAGCAUGUGUAUGAUUGUAUUAAUUUUAAUUUUGUUUCUUUUACUUUUCUGCUUAUUUACCUAUUAAUAUUGCAAAUCAAAACUGCAUAGUUUUUAAUCAGUUUAUUUAUUAUUAAUUUUUAUUCAAUUAAAUGUAAUAUCAAUUAAAUGUAAUAUCAAUUCAAUUAAAAUACCAAUUUGUAUUUUUUUCUAAUACAUUUUUGAUUAUUAAAAGGAUAUUUUCCAUGAUUUUUUUUUUAAAAAAUCUUUAAUAAGUUAUUUUAUCAUCGUUUCAAAUUUUAACAUUUUCAUUUUGAAUUAAUGUGUUUUUUUGUAAUAAAACUGGUAUUUCAUUAUAUUAAUAUGCAUGAAAUCAUAACUUUUUAGUUUUAUUAAAUCCAACAAGUAAUACUGUUUUUGUCAUAAUACUGUUAUUCAACAUUACUAUGUAAGUACAUUUCCAAACAAUUACAAUAGUUUAUUGAAUAAAUGUUCAAUCAAUUUAUGUGUUAAAACUGAAAAUAAUUUCAUUAUGUGGAAAGUUUUUUUUAACCAGUUCCAUAUUGUUUUUUUAUUUUGCUAAUGCAAAAAUAUCCCAUGAAUUAAAUAACUGCCUAUUUUAUUUAUUGUGUAUAUAUAUGUACAUUGUCUGCUAUUAACUUAUGUUAUGAAAGCCAGUGGAGGUUAAUUUAAUUUUGUUUUUUUAAAUACUUUGCACAGUUGUAUUCAAGCAACUGUGUAUUUUGUGCUUCUGUGAUUUUUUUUUAAAAGCUGUAUGUAACCAAAAUUAUACAUGUUGUGUAUAUUCUGUAAAGAUAGCUUUCAUUUGUAGUUAAAUGUAUAUAAAGCAUGCAUUUUACAAUAUCUAAAAAAAAGAAAAUAAAAAGUAUAAAUUUAUUUUAA